AGUAGGUCAGAACUGAAUUCUUAAUUGUUACUAAUAAAACUGCUUUCUUCACAGUGCAUACUGUUAAGAACAGUAAGUACUUUUUGAUGUGAUACUGUAGAAUGGAUCAGUGGUCAUUUCAUCAAGUCACACUGCUGUGCUCAUUCAUACAUGAAAGUGACAUUUUGCCUUGAUUCACUAUUGCACAGGGGUCAGGGUUUUGACCACUGUUCUACACGUGAACUCUGCCUGUUGAGUCGACAGUGAAGAUAAACACUUCGGGAGUUUUGUGCCUAUCUGGCAGGAUUCCUGACGUUGCUGGGAUUUCCAGGAGUGAUGAAGGAUGCCAAUGCUGCGCUGCUCAGUAACUAUGAGGUGUUCCAGUUACUAACUGAUUUGAAAGAGCAGCGUAAAGAAAGUGGAAAGAAUAAACAUAGUUCUGGGCAACAGAACUUGAAUACUAUCACAUAUGAAACAUUAAAAUACAUAUCAAAAACACCAUGCAGGCACCAGAGUCCUGAGAUUGUGAGAGAAUUUCUGACAGCAAUGAAAAACCACAAGUUGACCAACCUAGGCGGUCGUCAGGGCCUGUUGACUGUACCUGAGGGUGACCAGGGGCAGCUCAAGACUCUCAUGGCCAUCCCUGCUGUUGCUGCCGCCACCACAGCUGAAAAGCUUCAGCUGCUGAAUCACAGGCCUGUGACUGCUGUUGAGAUCCAGCUGAUGGUGGAGGAGAGUGAGGAACGGCUGACAGAGGAGCAGAUCGAAGCUCUGCUCCACACCGUCACAAGCAUCCUCCCCGCGGGGCCAGAGGCCGAGCAGCAGCAGAAUACCAGUGACGACGUGGCGAUGGAUGAGGAGGACCCCGCGUAGAAGAGCACAGCUGGCGAGUGUCUCCUGAAGUUGAAGGCCCAGCAGCCGUUUCCCAGACGUUCAGAGGAUUGUUUAUUUGAUUUUACCUUCUGUCCCAACAGGCCUCCUUUCCCGGUUAGUUGGGUAAACCACAAAAAUAAUCUUAAAAGAAAUCCUUGUGCUUCUGGGAGAACAAACAUGGUGGACUGGCUGAGAUGGUCAGGAAGAGAGCUGAAGAGAGGAGGAGUGAGUCAAAAAGGACAGUGACUGUGGAACUCUCAGCGGUAAAAAUAUUUCUUCUGUGGCCUUUGCCAUGGUUGUGGGAAGGUCUCUGUACACAGCUGGUAAAAUACUUGCCUUGGCUUUAA